AUGAGACUCACAGCCCAGCUCAGCUUGUUUGAAGUCACCGGCCUGGCCAGUAACCGGCCCGCACCAACCCUCCUGUCGUCCAGGAAGGCCGCCACAGGAGACGGGACCCCGCUCCUCUGCAUCCUGUUUGAGACCAACCCGCUGGAUGAGAGCGCCAACCAGCGGCUUCAUGUGGAAUCACAACCCUUGGAAAUCAUCUAUGACGCUAUAACGGUGAACAGCAUGUCAGCGUUCUUCUUGCCCCCCGAUGACCUGCAGCUGGAUGAGCUCACCAACGCAACCCUCAUGAAACUGGAGCAGUUUAGAGACCGCACAUCCACCGGUCUGAUGUAUGUGAUCGAAACACAGAAAGUUUUGGACCUGAAGGUGAACCUGAUGGCCUCCUAUGUCAUCAUUCCACAGACCGGCUUCUACAACGGCACUCAAAACAUCCUACUUUUGGAUCUUGGACAUUUCCAGAUGUCCAGUCAAAGCAAGAAGAAUCUGCCUCAGCUGUCAGUGGGCACCAGCAACAUUGAAGACAUUAUGUCCAGAGCAUACGACAGCUUUGACAUACAGCUUAGCAGCCUGCAGUUCCUUUAUAGCAAACCAGAUUGGGACUGGAAAAUGGCUCGUAAGCAGAAACAGUCACCGCUGCACAUUCUGGAGCCGGUGGAUCUGACGGUGGUUUUCAGCAGGGCGAUGGUCGUCACAGACUCCCGCAUGGCAAAGUUUAAGAUGUCGGGCGAGCUCCACCUGCUGUCUCUUCGUAUCUCUGAUGUUAAACUUCGAAAUGUUCUGGAGCUAGUUGACAGUAUCCCGCUGCCUGAGAGCAAACCUGCGGCAAACGGCUCUGCUUCAACCUCCAAGCCGAAGCAGUCGUUCACCCCACAGCUCACUCCCAGAAGACCUCUGAACUUAGCCGACCAGCGCUCCUCUCUCAUGUUCGAGUCGUGUGAAACCAUCAGCGUCAGCUCGUUGGGUUCAGAGGAAGAUUUGUUUUACGAUGCUCCCAGCUCUCCCGUCGGUGAUCGAGCAUUCUUUCCCGAUAAUCCGAUGCCGCUGCACUACGCAAAGUUUAACAGAAGUAAAAGUUCAGAAGCUCAAAAGAACAUGACUGACCUCAUCUUGAACUUUGAAAUCAGUCAGUUUUCUGUUCAGUUGUGUCGUCUUUCUGGAGAUCAGGAGGUCGCGGUGCUUCACUUGGACAUUGAGGGUCUGGGCACUGAACUGAAACUACGCACCUUUGACAUGACCUCUAACACCUACCUACGGGAAAUCUGCCUCAAGUGCCCUGAAUACAUGGAUUCUGAAGAGCAGCAGGUUCAGCUGAUCACCACUCUGGACAACUCAGAGGUUGACCUGCUCACCCUGGAGUACAUUAAAGCUGAUAGGAACGGCCCUGAGUUCAAGUCUCAGCACAACAAUACAGAGCAGCUCAUCAAGGUGACCUUCUCAUCCCUGGAUGUUCAUCUGCAUACAGAGGCUCUACUCAACACCAUGAACUUCCUCACCAACCUCCUUCCUCCAUCCACUAAGAAAGAGGCAGUGCAGGAGGAGCUCCCCAUCAUUCCUGAGGAAGAAGAGGCAGAGGCAGAGAAGGAGGGAGAGAAGAAGGAGGAAACUACUGUAGCCAAGAAAAAAAGUACAAAGCCUUCAAAGUUUGCAGAUGUGGUGAACUUGCAUAUCAGAGCUGAUCUCCGCUGUCUGAAGGUUUUCAUUCGGGGACAGAAAGCCAGGAUUUCUGAGAUUAGUAUUGAAGGUCUGGUCUCUGAGGUUCUGAUGAGGAAGAAAGGGAUGGAGGUUCUGGCCAACCUGAAAAACAUUGUGAUCCUAGACUGCGACAAAGAUGCUCUUUACAAGAAGGUACCAUCAGCAAGUGGCCCUAAAGGACUCUAUGCUCAUCUAUCGGGACCUAUGUCUCUCUGUCCAAUACAAAUCUGA